AACUUUCUAAUUUUUUUUUUUUUUUUUGGAAGAAAAAGCAACAAUGGCGACUAUUUGACCAGAUCAUCGAAGGCGCCUAAGAUUCUUCGAAAUCUUCUUCUAUAUCAUUUGUUCAAAGUUUUGACAUACCCAACUUUUUCCUCUCUCUUCCUUCCUACGCUGUUUGAACUUUGACCCCCAUCCGCUUGUUUGUAAUUGUUUUUAUCUGUAUGUUGAGAGCAUGUUACUAGAAGAGAUUCAAGAGAAAUCGGAAAAUGGUAGCUAUGGAGCUGAGACUUCAUCAGAAAGUAAGCUACUAUCAAAGCUAGAUUCAGGUCAAAUUCCAGGUAACAGAGAUGAGAAAUUAGUAUUUUCAGCGAAUGGUUUAAGUUUUCUUAGAGAUUCAGGUGAAGGGUCUCAGUCAAAACCCUCAUCAAGACCUAGAGAUUCAAUCUCCGAGCUGAUGACAACUCCAGAUUCAGGUAAAAUUUUCAAUUCUGAUUUUCUUAAAGGGAAAGGGGUAGCUCUCGAGGAGGAUAAAUGGGUUGAGAGAGACUUUCUACAGUUGAAUGGUGGCCGAACUUCCAAACGAGAAGCGGCCGAUGAAGAGGAUAUAAACAAAAGGGAAAACUGCAACAAGAAGAAGCCUAAGCUUGUUGAAACGCAGACACUCAAGCUGUCUUUAGCUUUGCCUGACGUCUCGCUUUCGCUUUCUUCUGCAUCAAAUGCUGCACCACCAAAUUGUGAUGAUGUAGUUCAGCCCAUAUCAUCGAGGAGCAGGCAAGCUGUGGUACUUUCGAAUGCUGCUGCUGCUGCUGCUGCUGCUGCUACUAAUAAUAAUAUUACUCAGGCAACAUGGUCUGAUGAUUUUACUGCUGCUUCAUUAUCACAUAACCCUAGCUGCUCGUUGACUCAAAAUUAUUCUACUGAAUAUUAUGAAAAUUCCGUGGGUAGUCGUAGUAGGAGGGAGACGGAUCAAAUUUGGAAUGGUGGUGAGGGAACUAAUGGAUCAGUUCAUAGUCGUUUUAAGCCGAAUGGAGAUCAUGGAAGUGGUGUAGUUUAUGCUAUGUUGAACCGAUCUCGUCCGUUCAAUAGGGAUCCGUGUAACAGUGUUUACAAAGCAGCUGCCUCUGAUAGCAAUUCAUUCUUUCCCUCAGAAUUGCCCGCCAAGCCUAGAAGGGAUUUGUGUUCUGUAGACUCCAUGAAUCAUUCUUUGGACCAUUUGAAAGGCUUGGAUAGUUUAGAGGAUUUGAGAAGCCACAAACCUUCUAGAGGAGAAAUGAUUGUUCGAGAUGUCAUUACCGAGUCUAUUCCUGUCGUUUCACAAUUAUUUCGUGAUCUUCCUGUUGAAACAAUUGAAUCUGCUAAGGAGUACUUGAACUGUCUGAUUGCAGCGCCUGAGAGAAACAAUGACUUAGUUUAUUUGCAGAAUUCGCUUGAAAGCAGGUCUGAUCUUACUAGAGAGACUCUUUCCAAGUGUGACAGAUUUCAAUUGGAGAUCAUGAUUGCUGUGAAAUUUAGUCUAAGUGAAUUUGUUGCAGGGAAAGUACGCCUCUCAACCAGUGAACUGAUUGAAAUUUUCUUCUUCAUGAGAUGUAGAAAUAUGAACUGUAAAUCGCCGCUGCCUGUAGAUGAUUGUGAUUGUAAGAUUUGCUCGACAAAGAAGGGGUUCUGCAGCCAGUGUAUGUGCCCUGUCUGUUGUAACUAUGAUUGUGCCAGCAAUACCUGUAGUUGGGUUGGAUGUGAUGCUUGCUCACAUUGGUGUCAUGCCGCCUGUGGCUCUGACAAAAAUCUAAUAAGACCUGGCCCUAGCUUGAAGGGGUCCUCUGGUGCCACUGAGAUGCAGUUCUAUUGUCUUGGAUGUGGUCAUGCUUCAGAAAUGUUCGGAUUUGUCAAAGACGUUUUUCUUUGUUGUGCUAAAGACUGGGGUUUGGAAACACUUGUAAAGGAGCUUGGUUGUGUUAGAAAAAUCUUUAAAGGAAGUGAAGAUUUAAAAGGCAAAGAGCUAUAUCUUAAAGCUGCCGAGUUGAUUACUAGACUUGAAAGAAGGGCUAUAUCUCCAUCAGAUGCCUGCAGUGUCAUUAUUCACUUCUUCACUACCAAGUCUGAAAAGGAGAACAUGACAGAUUUUCCUACUGCUGGUAUUGGAGCAAACGACGUUAUAGCCAGUCAAGGACAUUGCUUAGAUGAUGCGUUCCCUCCUCCAUCCUCCAAUUUGGCCCCUAACUCUAGUUAUUUUACCUCUGGUACAAUGCUGCAGGGCUUGGUUUCUUUUGAUUUCCAUCAUAGUACUCCUAAGCGUCAUAUUUCAAGUGAUCGAACCCUGGAAGUCGACUUACCUGGGAAGUCCUCCAACAAGGAUGGAUUUGACAGCUUGGAAAGUAUCAUUCGCUUGAAGGAAUCGGAAGCCAGAAUGUUCCAGAAUCGAGCAGAUGAAGCACGAAAAGAGGUAGAGACGUAUCAGCAAUUGGUGCAGGCAAAAACUGAAAAGCUGGAAGCAGAAUACACUGAGAAACUUGCAAAGCUGUGCUUGCAAGAGACUGAAGAAAGGAGAAGAAAGAAAAUGGAGGAGCUGAGGAUAAUAGAGAAUUCACAUUCUGAUUACUACAAGACGAAGAUCAGAAUGCAGGCUGAAAUUAACGGCUUAGUUGAAAGAAUGGAGGCCACAAAGCAGCUUUGGGUCUGAUUGAUUUCCUUUUAUUUUCCUGAGAGGAAUUGACGUGCUACAGUGCUGAUGAUGGUUGUUUUUAACGGUGAUUAGCAUGUUCUUCUUUAACUCUUACAUUAUCUUUUUAUGAUUUUGUGAUUAUUUGGACAGUAAAUUUGUUUCCCAGACAGACUUUCAAGGGAAUGCUAAAUUGAAGGAUCCGCCCAUAAAGUUACCACUUGGUAAAAGUGAGAACUUCGGCACUUAGCAUGUCA